AUGGAACAAAGUGCCAAGGAGCUAGGGCUGGCUCUCAACGACGGGUCUGGCUACUGGCCUCUAGGACAGCAUCGGGAGCCCACAAGAACAGGUGUCUGGGAUGGGACGACAAUCACCGGUAAACCAUUGCUUAUCCAGCGACUAAGGGAAUGGCUGGACAAGUGCGGUCUUCUUUGGCUGAUGGAGCCGGUUCUUUGGCGUAUGCAAUUGCGGUUCGAGUACGGCAGGUCACCCAGGCUCUUCCGACAAGCCUUGUCUACCACCAACAAACGACUGCAGGAUUUUGGAAAUGAGGGCGGUUAUCGCAAUGUCGCUGUCGAGCUCGAAAGGGUCGGCCUGAAGGGCGACAUCACGAAAACAUCAGCUGCACAGUAUCUUACAGAUAUUGGCGUUAGUAAGCCGUUCCAAUCCGAGGUCGUCGAGCCCUGCGUACGUGCGCGUUUCUCUCUUGACCUGACGCAGGUUCGAGCGAUAGAUGCAUUCAUGGCUUGCAAAGAGUCAAAGGAAUUGUUCAUAGAAGGUGGAAACGUCCAGCUUGUAGAAGCAAUGGUCAAUACUUCGCAAGCGGACGUGCAGCUGCGAAGCGAGGUAGUUGGUAUCGAGAACUACGUUUAUUUCGCUGUCGCACGGUACAUGCAAAAGACGUUCGGCACCUACCCCCCGUAUCCACGUAUGUGGAUUGCCACGAAAACGCAAGCAGAGAACGAGGCGCUCGAAGAUUUUGAGCCGGGCGCCCCAAGUCGUCACAAUACAGCGUUCGACUUAGAGGAUGCUGACCCCAGCCGCGGCACCGGUGAAGCAGUAUCAGACAGGCCUUACGAUAUGACGAUUUACCCAGAGUGGUACCAGCCUAUUGUCCGACAAGCAAUCGUCGAGCCUGACUUUGGGACACUCGCCUUCUCCCACCCAAAUAUAGACGUUGUUUGCCAGACUACGAGCGAUUCUGCGCAAUACGAUGAUUGUGUAGCAGCUUUUGCGACGCUGGAGGGUCUCGAUCGUAAUAAGGUGCAGCUGGUUCACAAGAGGCCCGGCGAAAGAUGGUGGGCGAAUGUCGUUACGACGUGUGCAGUCCAAGUCCACUACAAGGGCGACUGGUCAAAGUGCGAGGCUUCGCUGUCGGACAUAUGGGCUCACGCCAAGGAUGUCUUUGAGGGGUGCCAUGGCGAGCAUGGGACGGUGGGUGGCUAUGUUCCGUUCGGUGUGCCAAAUUGCCCUGCGACGAUUGAUCUUGUGUCUAGUCGUCAGUGGCGCAAUCCAGAUCCGUUCUAG